GGAGUGUUGAGAGACUUGAGACGAUGAGGGAGAAGAUACAGCAGAGCUUUUUUGAAAAGACAAAAUGAUCCACGCACAACGACGUCGUUUGGAGGGCUCAAACGCAGCCGUUUAAUGUAGCUGAAGCUUAAAACAUCCCAAAAGCCGACGAACACAGAGAGAGACUGAAGCGACGAAGUUUGAACAUCCAACAAUGGAUGAGGAAAGAGAAGGAGAAGUGAAGGAAGGAGUAGCAUCAAUAGCUUUAUUGCCAUGUGGUUCCAUCUCUGGCCAUUUCAUUCACACGCCUCUCUCCAUCUGUUAUGGCCUCCAUGGCACUGAACUGGCUUGUGAGACUGAGUGCAGCCGCGGUGAGGAUUAUCGGUUGAUCAAGCUCACCAUCAUUGACUACAAUAGUAAAAAGGAACAAACAGUUGUAGUUGAGUGCAAAGGUCACGAUGCUGCUCGAAUUAAUAAUGUCGAGCAUGCUCACGGCUGGGAGGAAGAUGUGAUAGGAUUAGUCGAACAAAAACACGGGAAGAAGAAAGUUUCUGUUUCGUUCGAGUGUGAGACACUGAAGGCAGAUAAAGCAGCAGAGGACCACAUCAGACAGUUCAUGCCCAAAUUAGCUGGACUUGAUGCUGUCAUUAACAUUGGACCAAUGAAGAUCUCUGGGCUUGAUUUUGCUGCAGUGGAAGAUGAACACAGAAACUAAGACAGAACAGAACUAGAUUUUGCUAGUGCAGUGUCAGUCAAGGAUCUAUUAGAACUUAAUUUUAAGAGUGAAAGAAAACAAAAUCUUUAGACACUUUUCUCAUGUUAUGCUAUUAGAACUUAUUUUAAAAUUAUUUUUGCUUAGGAAUCACUCA